UCCAAAGAACCUUGGGGUAUACAUGUAAAGCAAUGAACCUUUUUUUUUCUGACUCAACACACGAAUCUUACUUCUCUCAUGUGGCAAUCCUUAUGUAUGACACUGGCAAUCACCCUGAGAAGCCACAUGUACCUUUCUCUGGACACUAACUUGGUCCUGAAGUACCUGUGUAAAGUAUAUGUAAUGUAACAACAGAGUCGUGUUCUGAUGUCUGUAUCAAAAAAAUGGCGGCUUUGUUUAUUGGCAAGAGAGGAAUGAUAAACAUCUACAGAGCUUUGCCGAGACACUACAAUAACAACACUCUUCGUUGCUUCACCGCUCAAGGAAGCAACGGAGGUGGAGAGUCAUCUGCGAGUAUGAACGAGGCAAGACAAGAGGCCAUGGGGACAAGUACAGAUGCUAAGGCACCUGAUGUUUCACUCAGCUAUGCAGCAGAUACUGCAAAAGAAGGGUUAAAACGAGCCACAGAUUUAGCCAAGGAAGAGAGCGGAGACGCUCCCACAGAGGAGGCAGCAACGGUUGCAGGCGGCGAAGAUGAGAGUGAAGAGAAUGUGACAGUGGGUGAGAUAGGAACUGUUAAAGGGCAAGAUCAAUCUUGAAGCUGAAAAAUGUGUCUGUACUUUGUAUUUUAGGACUUUAAAAAGGCCAAAUCAAUAAUGUUUAAAGUAUCUUCAAAUG